AUGGCAGACUCUCACAAGGUACAUCAUGCGGAGGACAAUGAGGUUAACAUACUUCUGAGAGGAGAACCACCUAUUUUAUUUGAGCUAAAAUGUGCAGAUCAUCUCAUAGAAAUUGGGGGCUCCCCAUGGCAUUACCUGUACUCUCCUCCGCAUCAGGAAGGUGUAUUUCAUGUGAAACACCUGGAGACACACACACAGGCAAAGAAUGGUAUAUUAGAGUUUGAAUCAUUUGGCCUAGAACCACAUCGUGCUAUAUUCCACCCGGAUGACUCUGGACGCAUUAUACAUAUUGGAGAUGGGACCAUGAAGGUGUACAGAAUUGGCUGUUCUGGGAACAAAUCACCAUUUGUAGAGGAAAGCUUCACAAUAACAGCCAGAAGGAGUCAGCCUAGUACACUGCUUUCGUUUCCACAAGUCACAAAAUCUGGACGUCGAGUAAAGAAAAGAGUGCAGCAUGGUUACACUGAAUCUGACACAAUGCACAUAGAAGAUGUUGAUUAUGAGAAUGAGCUGGACGUGCUAUGUGUGACCUCUGUCCAGCAUGCAGAGACGCUGAAGAGACCUCAGGUUUUUACGGGAUUCUACCACAACUGGACUGGUCAACUCCUCAAGGAGACAGUGCUGGAACAGCCCUGGGAGUCGUUUUAUGAGCACCGUGUUGUUGUUGACCUGGACACAAUAGUGCAGACAAUCAAACCAAGCUUGGGGCUCUUCAGGUGUGUGGUCUACCGACUGGUCAGAGCAGAAAGUGUUAGCACGGACACGGUAAACUGUGGUCUACAGAUUGGUCAGGGCAGAAAGUGUUAGUACAGACACGGUAAACUGUGGUCUACAGACUGGUCAGGGCAGAAAGUGUUAGCACAGACAUGGUAAACUGUGGUCUACAGACUGGUCAGGGCGGAAGGCGUUAGCACAAA